AUGGCUGGUUCUUCAAGAGCUCUCUCUGCUUCGCUUUUCUUCUUUUUCCUUCUCCUCGGAUUCUCAGCAGCUAAGGAACUAUUGGUUGGAGGCAACAUUGAUGCUUGGAAGAUUCCAUCUUCUGAAGUAAAUUCCCUCAAUCAAUGGGCUGAAAAGUCUCGUUUCAGAGUUGGCGACUAUCUUGUAUGGAAAUAUGAGAGUGGGAAGGACUCAGUGUUGGAAGUAACAAGGGAGGAAUAUGCUAAUUGCAGCUCCUCCAACCCCAUCAAAGAGUACAGCGAUGGGAACACUAAGGUGAAGCUAGAUCGUCCUGGACCAUUCUACUUCAUCAGUGGACAAAAGGGGCACUGUGAGAAGGGGCAAAAGUUGAUUGUGGUUGUGAUCACUCCAAGGACCACAAUCCCUCCAAUUUCUCCUGCACCUUCUCCAGCAGAGUUUGAGGGUCCAGCUGUUGCUCCUACUAGUAGUGCUACAACGUUGCAAGUUGGUCUUGUAACUGCUCUGGGAGUGUUGGCUAUGUAUGGGGGUUUUCUCAUGUAA